AUCGGGACUUGCCCCUGGCUGCCAUCGACCUGUCCACGGCGGGCUCACAGCUCCUGUCAAAUCUGGACGAGGAAUACCAAAGAGAAGGAGCCGAGGACAGGGCCUGCCAUUCCUGUGAGUAUUAGAGGGAAUCCCAAAAGACCUGAGCAAGCCCAGUUUUCUGCCAGGUUCUUGAUGAACUGUGAGCUCCGUCCUACGCCUUCCCCCAGGAUGGACUGCCAGGAAGAAACCUCGGCCUGGACUAUUCACACCCUUCUUUGGGGAGAAAGGAGCUGCCCUCCCAGCCCAGUGAUACCCUCAGGCACUGCAGGAGGUGGUGGGCGCUGGCCCCCCUGGCAGCAGGCUGCCACAGACGAGCUCCCUCUGCUGGCCAAUGAUGGCCACGUGUGGGGGUCCUAAGACACUCUGUCGCCAUCUUCAUCACCGCCAUCUUUAUCACCGCCAUCUUCAUCAUCGUUAUCAUCACUGUCAUCAAGCCAUUUCAGCCACACUGCUCAACAGGUCUAACUGGCUGAAGCCAUGCUGUGGGAAGAGAGCAGCCGUGUGGCAGGUAUUUUUGCUCAGUGCGAGCCUCAACAGUUUCCUGGUAGCCUGUGUAAUAUUGGUGGUGAUUCUCCUGACUCUGGAACUUCUAAUAGAUAUAAAGCUUCUCCAGUUUUCCAGUGCGUUGCAGUUUGCCAGCAUCAUUCACUGGGUCAGCCUGGUCAUCCUCUCAGUGUUCUUCUCCGAGACUGUCCUGAGGAUUGUGGUGCUGGGGAUCUGGGACUACAUUGAAAACAAAAUAGAGGUGUUUGAUGGGGCGGUGAUCAUCCUGUCCUUGGCCCCGAUGGUGGCAUCCACUGUGGCCAACGGGCCCAGGAGCCCCUGGGAUGCCAUCAGCCUCAUCAUCAUGCUCCGGAUCUGGCGGGUGAAGAGGGUCAUCGAUGCAUAUGUGCUGCCCGUGAAGGUGGAGAUGGAGAUGGUCAUCCAGCAGUACGAGAAGGCCAAGGUCAUGCAGGACGAGCAGCUGGAGAGGCUGACGCAGAUCUGCCAGGAGCAGGGGUUUGAGAUCCGGCAGCUGCGUGCGCACCUGGCACAGCAGGACCUGGACCUGGCAGCAGAGCGGGAAGCAGCCCUGCAGGCCCCACACGUGCUCAGCCAGCCACGAAGCCGCUUCAAGGUGGUGGAGGCUGGUGCAUGGGAUGAGGAGACGGCAGCUGAGAGCGUCGUGGAGGAGCUGCACCCCUCGCAAGAUGCAGCCGUGAACGAUGACAUGAACAGCUACAUCAGCCAGUACUACAAUGGGCCCAGCAGCGACAGCGGGAUCCCAGAGCCAGGGGUGUGUGUGGUCACCACAGCCGCCAUAGACAUCCACCAGCCCAACAUCUCCUCCGACCUGUUCUCAGUAGAGGCGCCCCUCAAGCGUGGUGGCAACAGCACCUGCGCCAGUGCCACCUCGGACAGCGCCUCCCGCUCUGCCCGCAGCUCAGUGACCCGGGCCCAGAGCGACAGCAGCCAGACACUGGGCUCCUCCACGGACUGCAGCGUGGCUCGGGAGGAGCCGUCCUCGGAGCCCACGACCCUGGCCCUGCCACCGCUGCCACCCCAGCAGCCCACAGCCCAGGACCUGGUGUCCUCUCCGUCUGAGGACCCCUGCCCUCCCCAGAGGGCCUUGGACCCAGCGCCCCUCACACAGCCCAGUGUGGCGGGCUCAGCCCACACCAGCCCUGAGCUGGAGCGGAGGGUCUGUCUGUUCAACAGGAAGAACCGGGAGGGCUUCGCUGUGGUGCAGAUCCAGCCUGUCCUACACUUCCCACCUGCUGGCCCCAAGCUGGAGGAGAAGCUCAGGUCCCUGGAAUCCAAAGAGCAGCCGCUGCACAGGGUCCCAGAGGCCUGAGCCUGCAGGGAAGACAGACACAGCCAUCUUGAAGCUUGCCCGGAACCCAGGCCACCGAGGGCCGCACACGGGGCAGGGAUCCUGCCUGGCCUCCCUCAGGGUGCUACGGCCUCUGGGGAGGUGACCCAAGCCAAGAGGUCACCCGCCUCAGACCUCAGGACCCAGAGCCGCACCUCCUCUCGGGAGGGUGGUGCUCAUGGCCAGGUUUUAGCCUUUUCUACAAAGCCAGUGGGCGGCCCAGCCUCCACAGGACAGAGCGUGGGCCAGCUCAGCCUCUUCCGUGGCCUUCGUCCUGACGCCCACCCCGGACUCUCGGGGACAGCACUGUGAGCAGGGGCGGCCCAGCCCCACCCCAGCAUCCUGCCAGGAGUCCAGGGUGGAGAUGACGCCUCCCCCACCCCACUCUCUCUGCGGCAUGAGCAUUCUGAUCUCUUAAAGACAAACCUAAUCUUCACACAGAAGAUAGGUCUGGAACUGGGGCCCCUGGGGGUGGGGAGACAGCCAUUUUCCGACCUUGGCUUUAAUAAUAAAAACCAGCUGCACUGAAA